AUGACGACGCCACCGCCACCACCAUCGCCGCCAUCGCCAUCCUCACCAUCGCCAUCGUCGCCAUCGCCAUCCUGGUCAUCGUCGCCACCACUACCACCGCCCCCGCCACCACCACGGGCGCAGAGCCUGCCGCAUCCCCUGAGGACGCGCGAGCUGUCCCAGCUCACCAGCAGCCUCUACAUAGGCAACGCCGCGGCCGCUAACAACCGCUACCUGCUCGCCACCAACCGCAUCACCACCGUCAUCAACAUCUCGGUCGAAAUCAUCAACACGUUCAUCGAGGGCAUCCAAUACCUGAAGUUCCCGGUGAGCGACUCGCCCGGCGCCCGCAUCGGCGACUUCUUCGACGCGGUGGCCGACUGCAUCCAUGCGGUGGGGCUGCGCGGGGGCCGCACGCUGGUGCACUGCCACGCGGGCAUCAGCCGCUCGGCCACCGUGUGCAUGGCCUUCCUCAUGAAGCACCACUCGCUCUCGCUCCUCGAAGCCCACACCUGGACGCGGGCCUGCCGGCCUGUGAUACGUCCGAACAACAGUUUUUGGGAGCAGUUGAUCGUCUACGAGUUCAAGCUCUUCGCCAGGAACACCGUGAAGAUGAUCGACUCCCCGCUCGGCAGGAUCCCCGACGUAUACCAGAAGGAGUACGGGCUGAUGCUGUCCCUGUGA